CGCCGGGAUGGCGGCUGCGGAGCGCGAAGAGGCGGCGGAGCUGGAGUGCGGCAUCUGCUGCAUGCCUUACGACCGCUGCGGGCGCGCGCCGCGGCGGCUCGGCGGCGCGCGCGGCUCCUGGAAGCCCUCGCGCUGCCGCCACGUGAUCUGCAGCGCCUGCGUGUGCCAGCUGGCGCGCGAGGGCUGGUGGGAGGAGGUCACGUGCCCUUACUGCCGCGCCAUCACCUCCCUCCGCGAGCGCGGCAACCUGCUGGCGGCCAGCGUGCGGCGCGGGAGCGGUGGCUGGCGGCGGCGCCUGGUCCUGCCGCCCAUCGACGCCGAGCUCUGGCAGCGCGUGGUCCUGCAGGAGGAGCAGCGGGCCGGCCGCGAGGAGCGCCUGGCCGGGGACGAGGACCUCGACGGCGGCGAGGAGGACGCCGAGGACGGGCAGUGGCGCCCCUGGCGGGCGCUGAAGAAACUCCUCAAGGCAGGCGGCGGCCCAGCGCGCGCGCCCGGGCGGAGGGGGCGGGGCCGGAGCAGCUCCGUGCCCACGUGGCGGAGGCGGCAGCCAAUCAACCCCUAUGGAUUUGAAACGAAGGACUUGGCAGUUGUGACUUGCUAUGUCAUCUGAAGAGCAGCGGUAGCCGUACCUGGACGAGCUAUUUUACGAUCAGUUACGUCAAGGGAACGUAGCAGCUUGCACUGCAUCUGCAAGGGUGGGCUAUCUGUGAGGCUGCUUUCCGUACAACGCGUGGAAGGUGACGGGUGCCCUUUCCAUUUUGGAUAGGAUGCGGUGGAUUGCCUCCUUGGAGUUCCUGUUUCAUAUUACUGUUGGGCUGUGCUGACGUGACCCAAGAAGGAUCGAUAGAAGUUCUUUCAGUCCACCACUUCUCAUUGUGAAAUGCAGCAGACGACAGAAGUUGAAUGGAGGGAGGAAUGGUAUAACCAGUCAUGUUUGGUUAGAAGAUGUUUCUUCCAAGCUAAGAGCCGUUUCUUGACUUACUUCUUUGAAGCUGUUAAUACCCCCCCAACGCAUUCAGACUCUGUCUUCCGAAAACUCAGACGUUAUCCUCUGAAGGUACUUCCCCGCCCCCAGCCAGAUACCCUGGCAAGGGGAUUGCGGUAGUCCAUGUGACUAAAAAGUUGAACGAACGGUUCAAGGGUGGUGGACUGUUUUCCCUGUAAUCAUUUUUACGGUUAUUGGUUGGAGGAGGACAAGCAGGUGCUGGGCUACCUACAAUCUUUGUUCAUCAUACUUUCACUUAAAUCUCAGAGGCUAAGAGAUUUUACAUGGCCUAUUUCCAACCUACAGAGAACAGCGCUGAAGCAUCGCGAAGACAAGUUCAUAGUCGUCAUCUCUGGAAUUAUGGUUCCGUGGGGGUUCUGUCCGAUAAAUAGAACUGCCAUUUCCUGCUGGGGUUCCUUUAUCUGCCCUAUCUCUGUGCUUGGAUUGGGACCUCCUUCAGAUCCAUAGACCUGAAACAUCCUGAAAGGUCUCUCUGGUGAAGCCAUCAAACCUGACUUUUAGAAGCGUUGCUGAUCCGUAGGAGCAGCAGCAAGUCCUGAAGAAGUGAUUUUUCGGAGCUCAGCGUAGCCUUGUCAUCUGUUGCGCUGAGUUGAGUCUUUUAUCAGGAUGGCCUUUUCUUUGGUUGCGCCGAUUGUGAGCAGGAAAACGUUUUGCAGGGUCUUUUCCUGCUCUGGGAAUCCUGUACGUGAACAGUUUGCACCUAGAGACAGAUCGUGUUAGAUCUUGUGCCCUUGUUGGAAAACCGAGCUUUAAAUGCUGUGUAUUUUUUAAAGAAGCAUUUCUGUGAAAUGUGUUCGAAACAAUAAUUCCAUAUUUAUAUUGUUC